UCCAACAGACAAGUGCUACGCCGGCUUCGGUUCCAGUGACGCAGAGACCGCCGCGAGACACAAAAAAGCACCUCAAACCGACCACAGCGAUCGUUAAAGGGACGGGACCACACACUCGAUCUCUCUUCCAGACUCUCGGAGAAACCUGUUUUUCGGCGUGCCGCGCAGCUUUCGUUGUGUCUGUGACUGUGCGCGUGUGUGAUCGUUUGCAAGAUGCUGCGCUACAACCGAAGCUUUCUUUUGCUGAGCGUCUUCGCGGUGGCAUGCUAUGGCCAGACAAGGGUGCCCGUCUAUGUGUACUAUGAGUCACUGUGUCCGGACAGUGCCAAGUUCGUGAACGACCAGCUGUACCCGGCUGCUAAGAUGUUUAAGAACAACCUAGAGUUGCAUCUGGUACCGUUCGGUAAGUCGAGCUUCCAGACGCAGGGCUCGGAGGUGAUGUUCACCUGUCAUCAUGGCGAGAACGAGUGCUACGGCAACAAGGUGCACGCCUGUGCCAUCCAGCACAUCCAGGGCAACUCGUUCCAGCCGAACAUCUCGCGCGAGGACCUGACGCUCGACUACGUCAACUGUCUGAUGGCGCGUGCCCAGCUGAAGGACGGUGAGUUCCCGACCAAGAUUUGCGCCGACGUAGUCAAAAUCGAACAGUGGCAGACGAUCGAAGAGUGCGCCAAGAGUACCGAGGGUAGCCAGCUGCUGAAGCAGCACGGCGAGACUACCAACAAGCUACAAAAUCCCCUCACCAGCGUUCCCACCGUUGCUUUCAAGCAGACGUAUGAUGGCGAACUGCAGAAACUCUCGAUGAGCAGCUUCCGUCACGCGCUGUGCAAAAAUCUGAACCCGCAACCGGUUCAGUGCUUCGAUCUUCCCGGCUCGGCGUCGGCUAUGAGUUCUUUCGGAUUCUUUAUCACCGUGGUGGCCGCAAUCGCUAGCAGAAUGUUCUAAGCAACCAUCCUGACGACAGGAACAGUAUCAACCAAGAUAGAGAGCGUGUAGGGCGAACUGUGCACAAACAGAUGAUCGCGCUUCACACUAUCGUCAAGUAUUCCGUCCAUUCGUCCUUAAGAUUCUUUUUAAAAUUUGUUGUUCCGAAAAAGGUUUUAAUAAACGACCGGUUUGGCUACCCCGGUAAAAGGACGCGCUCCUAG